GGAAAAGUACUAUAAAUGGUAAAAGGCGCAUAAAACCAGCCCAACAAAAGUGUCUGGAUAACCGGAGUAUCCGCGCGUCCCCUCCAACUGUAAGUAGGUGGCGAAAAAGCGGGGGAAUAGCAGCUUUCUGGGCAGCAAAGCACAGGCGACCCAAAUUACGACGAACGUUUUCUAAUUACGCAUUCCAAGCAUGGACGAGGCGAACAUACAGGACAAGGAGCGGUUCGCUAGCCGCGAGAACCACUGCGAGAUUGAGCGACGUCGCCGCAACAAGAUGACGGCCUACAUCACCGAGCUCUCGGACAUGGUGCCCACAUGCAGUGCCCUGGCCCGAAAGCCGGACAAGCUGACCAUCCUCCGUAUGGCGGUGGCCCACAUGAAGGCUCUGCGCGGCACUGGGAACACCAGCAGCGACGGCACCUACAAACCGUCCUUUCUCACCGACCAGGAGCUGAAACACCUCAUCCUGGAGGCUGCCGAUGGCUUCCUGUUCGUGGUCUCCUGCGAUUCGGGCAGGGUCAUCUAUGUCUCCGACUCGGUGACUCCCGUGCUCAACUACACCCAAAGCGAUUGGUACGGCACCAGCCUGUACGAGCACAUUCAUCCCGAUGAUCGCGAAAAGAUUCGCGAGCAACUGUCCACGCAGGAGUCGCAGAAUGCCGGCCGCAUCCUGGAUCUCAAGUCGGGCACGGUUAAAAAGGAGGGCCACCAGUCCAGCAUGCGGCUGAGCAUGGGAGCCCGUCGCGGAUUCAUUUGCCGCAUGCGGGUGGGAAAUGUGAACCCCGAGUCCAUGGUCUCUGGCCAUUUGAAUCGCCUAAAGCAGCGGAACUCACUGGGACCCUCGCGGGAUGGCACCAACUACGCCGUGGUCCACUGCACGGGCUACAUCAAGAACUGGCCGCCCACCGAUAUGUUCCCCAACAUGCACAUGGAGCGCGACGUGGACGACAUGAGCUCGCACUGCUGCCUAGUGGCAAUCGGACGACUGCAGGUCACCUCCACGGCGGCCAACGACAUGAGUGGUUCGAAUAAUCAGAGCGAGUUUAUCACACGUCACGCCAUGGACGGCAAGUUUACGUUUGUGGAUCAGCGGGUAUUGAACAUAUUGGGUUAUACGCCCACUGAACUGUUGGGCAAGAUCUGCUACGAUUUCUUUCAUCCCGAGGACCAGAGCCACAUGAAGGAGAGCUUCGAUCAGGUGCUCAAGCAAAAGGGACAGAUGUUCUCGCUCUUGUACAGAGCUAGGGCUAAGAACUCCGAGUACGUCUGGCUGCGCACACAGGCAUAUGCCUUUCUGAAUCCCUACACCGACGAGGUGGAGUACAUUGUGUGCACCAACAGUUCGGGAAAGACCAUGCAUGGUGCUCCCUUGGAUGCCGCGGCUGCUCAUACGCCCGAGCAAGUGCAACAACAACAGCAGCAGGAGCAACAUGUUUAUGUGCAGGCUGCACCGGGAGUGGACUACGCCCGCCGGGAGCUAACCCCAGUGGGCAGUGCUACCAACGAUGGCAUGUAUCAGACACACAUGCUGGCCAUGCAGGCUCCGACGCCCCAACAGCAGCAGCAGCAACAACAACAGCAGCAACAGCGCCCUGGAUCAGCGCAAACCACACCAGUGGGCUAUACCUAUGACACCACACAUUCACCGUACAGCGCUGGAGGACCCUCGCCGCUGGCCAAGAUACCCAAAUCGGGCACCUCGCCCACACCGGUGGCACCCAACUCCUGGGCUGCGCUGCGUCCACAGCAACAACAACAGCAGCAGCAGCCGGUGACCGAGGGCUAUCAGUACCAGCAGACGAGUCCAGCCAGGUCACCGAGUGGUCCUACCUAUACCCAACUGAGUGCCGGAAACGGCAAUCGCCAGCAACCGCAGCCAGGAGCAUAUCAGCCGGGUCCGCCACCACCACCGCCUAAUGCACCGGGAAUGUGGGAUUGGCAGCAGGCUGGAGGACACCCACAUCCGCCACAUCCAACGGCGCAUCCGCACCAUCCACACGCUCAUCCCGGAGGCCCGGCCGGAGCAGGACAGCCGCAGGGUCAGGAGUUCUCGGAUAUGCUGCAGAUGCUGGACCACAGUGCGCCGACCACGUUUGAGGAUCUGAACAUCAACAUGUUCAGCACGCCGUUUGAGUAAUCCCGAUCACCUCUCGAUUCCCAUUUCCCGUCCCCUCUUAAUCUGUGUCUCUCUCUUAACCACUUUUCAAGUGCAAUCCAUCUUACAUUGUUGAAAUAGUUCAGCCAAACGCAUGCAAAUUGUAAUCUCGUAAAUAGCAUUUUAAGUACAUAGCGGUAGUCACGUACACGACUCUGAUAUCUUUAUUUUUGUGUGCUACGUCUUCACUUCCUCCUCCCGCCUCCAUUUAACCCGCUCAUUGGCCGUGCAAAAGUAUUUACAAUUAAAGUCUUACGUUUGUUCAAACGUAAAAGGGAAUAUACAUAUACAUCGCUGUAUAGCCUAUGAAUUCUAAACUUUCUCAUCGAUUCUAUAGGAUUAAGUUCACGUGUGACACGCCUUGUGCAGAGUAUUCUUUUGUAUUUCUCAUCAAGCAUUUCAAAGUUCAUGCAACGUAUACAUAUAUAAAUAUACAAUUCGUAGACUAAUAUACAACAAAUUUAUAGUUGUAAGCAACACAAGUGCACCACUUAAACCUUUUCCCGCGAACAAUCCAUAACAUUGACCCAAUUUCCCCAUAUUUUUUGCUCAUUUUUCGCCAAUGCAAUCAAAAGUUAUGAGCAAUUCAUACUAUAUAUACACACAAAUGCUUCAUGUGCAGCUUUUCUUUUUGUUCUUAAUGCAAUUUAUGCAGCGACAACGAAAACUUUCAAGCUCAAUACAGUGGCGCUCAAAAUUAUAUCGCACACACAAAACAAGAUCAUUUGAUUACGACAAGUUCAAACAUAAAAUUAGUUAAUUAAGCUCACGUCAAGAAACAAAUUUUAAACAAUCUUUUAGUCGCUAAGCCCCAACUUCUGUAAUUAAGCCACCACAACGAUGACAAUGCUUAGAACUUUGGGUAUUGAGAACAAAUAUUUCGGUUUUUAAUAAAAAUAAACUUAAUGUACUACAA